AUGGCAAGCAUCAUUGCGACCGCAGCUACGCCAGUCGGUGCCGCGGCUGAGAUCCAGCCCGUGUCGAACUUUAUUCAGCACGACGAAGAAAAGGCUCGUCGGGCUGCUGCAAAUGGGGAGCAUGGAACAAGUAAUGACAGCCCAUCUACCAUUUCUGACAACGUUUACGCCGUGCAACGAUGGAACUCACCCCCGAUUAACACGUAUCGAACCGCUGCAACGUUCUGGUCGUUUGUCGUGGUAGGAAUGAACGAUGGCUCUUAUGGUGUUGCCCUGUUUGUUCUCGUAGGCAUGGGCAAUGGAUUAGCAGACGCUGCUUGGUGUUCCUUCAUAGGGCAAAUGGCGAACUCGCAUGAAAUGUCCGGCAUUUUGCAAGCCUGCUACGCUCUUGGAGCAACCAUAGCUCCCCUGAUAGCUACUGCUCUCUCUGCGGAAGGUCAACCAGGCUGGUUUGCGUUCUACUACGUCAUGGCUGCGGCCUCGGUGGUUGAGUUUGUCACUCUCACUGCUACAUUCUGGACUCAGACAGGCGCUGUAUACUUGUCCGAGAACCCGACCGAGUCUGGAGGCAAGUCAGGCCGGACCCGCCAAGCUUUGAAGAAUAAACUAUCGUGGAUCUUCGCAUUCUUUGUCUUCGGGUACUGCGGUGCUGAAGUUGCACUCGGCGGAUGGAUAGUUGUCUUCAUGACUCGCAUUCGCGGCGCCACCUCGGUCACUGGCGGAGCAGUAGCAACCGGCUUCUGGGGCGGCAUGACGGCUGGCCGUCUCUUUUUGUCUUUGGUAACGAUUCGCCUUGGAGAAUUCUGGGCCAUGUUUCUUUAUCUCGGUGUGACUAUUGUGCUAGAACUCAUCUUCUGGCUGGUGCCCAAUCUUGUCGUGAGCGCAGUGGCAGCAGCACUAAUUGGUGUGGCCAUGGGCCCAAUGUAUCCGGUGGCAGUGGUUCUCAUCACCAAAGUUAUGCCUCGCUCGCUUCAUGUCGGCACCAUUGGGUUCGCCGCCGCUUUUGGUGGAUCAGGAGGAGCUAUCUUGCCAUUUGCGGUUGGAGCUAUAGCACAGGCAAAAGGUGUGCAAACUCUUCAGCCAAUUGUGCUUGCCAUCUGUGUCGUUCUCGGCCUUUUGUGGAUAUUACUUCCUCGACAGCCAAGACAAAACAAGGACACAAGCGGAGAAGAGAGUUCGGGCCCUGCGGGCGACAACUAG